AUUAGUAGCUAAAUAAACUAAUUAAGAAGGCAAGGCCAGACAAUUAAAGGAGUACGGACGUACGGACGUACACACACAUAUAUAUAAAUUAAAGAAGGACCUUCGGAAAUGGCUAUUCAUCGGAUAUCCAUCGGAAACCCAGGGGAGGCGAGCCACCCCGACGUGCUCAAGGCCGCCUUUGCCGAGUUCUUUUCCAUGCUCAUUUUCGUUUUCGCUGGUCAAGGUUCCGGCAUGGCUUUCGGCAAAUUAACAGACGGCGGAGCAACAACUCCUUCAGGGCUGAUAGCGGCGGCGCUGGCCCACGCACUGGCACUCUUCGUGGCGGUUUCCGUGGGCGCCAACAUCUCAGGCGGCCACGUGAACCCCGCCGUCACAUUUGGAGCCUUCUUGGGCGGCAACAUCACGCUCCUCCGCAGUAUCGUAUAUUGGAUCGCCCAAUUGCUCGGAUCCGUCGUCGCUUGCAUCCUCCUCAAAUUCGCCACCGGUGGACUCGAAACGUCUGCAUUUGCGCUAUCAUCCGGCGUGUCGGUGUGGAACGCGGUGGUUUUCGAGAUGGUGAUGACGUUCGGGCUGGUGUACACCGUCUACGCCACCGCCGUGGAUCCAAAGAAGGGCGAUUUGGGCACGAUCGCGCCCAUUGCCAUCGGUUUCAUUGUGGGGGCGAACAUCUUGGUUGGUGGGGCAUUUGAUGGAGCAUCCAUGAACCCGGCGGUCUCCUUCGGGCCCGCGGUCGUGAGCUGGACGUGGACCCACCACUGGGUUUACUGGUUCGGUCCUUUCGCCGGAGCAGCCAUUGCAGCCCUUGUCUAUGACAACAUCUUCAUCGGAAACGACCAUCAUCAUCAUGAGCAGCUCCCUGUUGCUAAUUACUAGAUUCCCCUCUAAUCAUUCUUUGGUUUUUUUUUUCAUUUUCAUUCCCUCUCUUCUAUACAAUUAGACUAAUCUUCAUUUCCUAAUGAAGUUGUGCUUGGAAG